AUGGGUUGGGAUCGAGUUAUACAAGACUCCGAUGAGGAGGAGCCUCUCAUUGAGGAUGAUCUGCCGGCUUCUCUUGAUCCUCUUCAAGACCCAGAAUUCCCCAGUGUCCAACAUCACGACCAUCCCGCGCAUCAGGAUGCACACACGACUGAACAUACGCUCGCCGAAGGUUUCCCCGGUCCCCAAUUGAACGUGAACUUCGAUCAGUUCUUGCAGUCGCAAGGAACACAUGCAGCUUCUACUUCGUCCCAACAACAGCGCGAAGAAAGAUGGAUUCCCUCGACCACGGAAGGUGGGGGUGGAUCAAUUAACGCAAUGAUGACAGAAAUCGGAUUUGCGCAACAACGGUUAUUCGACGAUCCUUCAAGUGCCGGUCAGCAUCUACCUUCUACCGCGACCCAUUACCCCAGCGAAAUCUCCCAGCCAGGGUCGUUCCCAGCUAUUCAGCCAGAUCAAUUUCAUCAGAUGAACCCAGCGACGCAUGGCCAAUUCACAUAUAACCAAGUGUCUCAAAAUGCUUCAUACGAAGCAACUCAGCUUCUUGCACCGUGUGUUGCGCCCGCCUAUGACUACAGUACGCCAGCUACCUUGAUGCACGUUGAUUCACCAUCAGACGGACUCACGGCUACCACAUCAAUUCAAACACUUCCAAAUGUACCCGGUAUCCCAACGAAUAAAGCAUUGCAGCGAGAAAAUCCAAUGCAAUCAAUGAUGGGUUCUCCGCAUGAUACUGAACCCAUGUCAUCUGUGGUAUCGCCAGGGUUGAACAAGGCCAAAGACAAUACGAUGUCGGAACUCAUGUCUCCGCAACGUUCCCCGGAAAGUACCUACGACGAGCUUGCAACUCCCGCUGUAUACGUGCAGGUUCCCUCGGCUGUAAAGCGUACUCGUCCAUCGAACGAGUUUCUGCCAGAAGAUGAUGAUGACGACGAACUCGCUAUGGAUGGUGGUCCUGAACCCAGUCCAAGUAAGCAGGCUCGGGAAGCAAUGCCAGAACCACCCAUUCAACCUGCCUCCGCAGAUAAAGGCAGCGAAUAUGUCUCAGAAAAUGCCAUUGCCUUUGAAAAUGACGCGCUUGAGGCCAGUGGCACAAAUAAUUUGGAUGAGCUUAGCUCUACCGACAAAAUCGACCGGUUGUCCACAUCUGGUAAAUCUUCUACCAAAGAAUACAAGAAGAAAAAGGAGAAGAAAAUCAAGAAUGCCCCUGCCAUAUCAAACUCCCGAGUGUCAGAUGAUGACGAUGUUAUUUGGGUGGACUCGCGGCCUCUCGGGGUCCGGGAGACGCAAGGACAAAAUAUUUCAGGUACCGAGUCGAGCAUUAGAAGCUCCAGUAACACUGGAACACCACAACCAGAUCCAAUCGCUUCUUCAAAGGAGAGCUCCACCACCGGCAAGCCUGCUCCCAAAAAACGCGGGCGCAAGCGGAAGAUAGUAGCAGAAGAGGCCACAGAAACUUCCUCAGAACAAGCUAUAGAACAGAAUCCCCCACCACUCAGCAAAGUCUUGGUAUUCAAUGCCAACCCAGUGGAGGGUAUCUCUGGUCCAAACUCCAGCCACCUUGGAACACCGCAACCUGAUGCCACUGUCUCCACAGAGGAGAGCUCCACCACAGGCAAGCCUGCCCCAAAAAAACGCGGGCGCAAGCGGAAAGUAGUAGUUGAGGAAAGCACAGAGGCUGCCCAGGUACAGCCUGUGGAGAAGAAUCCUCCACCAGUCAGCGAGGUUUUGAAACCGAAUGCCAACCCAGCCGAGGUUCCCUCCGAUCCAAGAGCUGGAGGGAAGGCCGAUGAAGCAGAGAACGCAGAUCCCCUACUCCAAGAAGAUACCCAUGUGCCUCAAGAAGAUGACCAAAUCAAAGCACCGCCGCAAACUCCCCAUAAACCAGAUCAAACCCCAAGCACCCCGAUGGCCGGCGGCAGCACAACCGCUCGCAAAGGACCAGCAAAGCAUAGCCCUAUUUCAUCGACCAGCAAAGUUCCAUACCGUGUUGGUCUAAGCAAACGGGCUCGGAUUGCGCCAUUGCUCAAAAUUGUGCGCAAAUAA